AUGGGACUUGGGGUGAUUGAGGACUUCGGCAUCGUGGCCAACCAAGUUAAUUGGUCCCUAACUGCCAUUUCCAUAGUCAUCGUCGUACUUCGCCUCAUCUGUCGAGCGUGUUUCCACCGAGGCAGAUAUGGCCGCCUCGGCCUCGAUGACUUGGUAACCUUUGUUUGCCUCGUCAUCCUCAUCGUCAGCUGCAUCUGCUCCAGCAUUGGCAUCAGCUACGGCCUGGGGCGGCGAGAAGACACUCUAGAGCCGGAUCAGCUCGAGCAAGCCAUCAAAUGGAACGCCAUCAUUAACGCCGUUGUCAUCUGGUCCUUUUCCCUUCCCAAGUUCGCUAUCAUCGCCAUCCUCAAACGAAUCCUCGACUAUGGAACUAAGACGACCGUGCUCUUCCUGAGCCUGGCCAUCACUUGCCAGUGCCACCCCGUAGCCUACCAAUGGGACAAAUCUAUCGAGGGGGGCUCGUGUGCGAGCGGCGAGGUCUUGACGAGCCUGGCGUUUGCAACGUCGGCGUACUCGGCCUUUCUCGACCUUUUCUUUGCGUUUUAUCCGAUUCCCUUUAUUAUGAGGCUUAACAUGCCUCUGAGAAACCGACUGGCUGUGUGCUUUGCUCUUGGGCUCAGCGCCAUGGCAUGCGCCGUGUCAGUCUACAAGCUUACAGUAUUCCAAGAUGCCUUUAGAGAGAUGGAGCAGGAUCGCACAUAUUCAGUCCCAUACCUCGACAUCUUUGGUGUCGCCGAGGGGGCCUUGCUCAUCAUCGGCGCAUCGCUACCCACACUGGGACCAAUGUUCCGGGUGCUCAAGUGCAAAGUCACCUCGUACGCAAGCAACAGCGGCCUGUCGCGCCAGUCUGGCGAUCGCAGCCAGAACCAGUCGGGGACGCUCACCAGCAGCAACUGGCGAAGCAACAAGCGGGGCCAUGAGUUCGACGACGAGGAGAUUGUCUCGUCGGCAGGGAUGCACUCGAGCGUCGAUGACAUCCCGCUCGUUGCCACGGCGAAGCCCGUCGCGCGAUAUCAUGAAGAUCCCUUCAAGGAUCAACGACAGUCGGUCGAUAAGCCGGCGGGGUAUGCCUACUAA